AUGGACAACCGUCUGCUCGAAGCAGUCAACGCUGCCAAAAUCGAGGAAAAUCGUGCCCUUUUAGAUCAGCUUGAGACCCUCAACACGACUGUUUCCGACGCCGACUCUAAGAUCAGACUGCUCGAGACUAAUUUGCUGUCCUCGACCUCGACCGUGCGCCGUCUCGAAACUGCAGCAGCGCGAGCUGCCGAUGCCGAGCGCCACCUCGCCCUGCUCGAGCAGGAACAGGAUCGGCUGCACGAGGAACUUCGCUCUACUAAGGAUGAUGCCCGCUCCCACGCCUUGCGUUUCAAAGAGGCCCAGCGCGGCAUGAUCGAUAUGCAAGAUCAGCUCGACCGUUUGGAAGCAGAGGCCUCACAGGAACGCGAACGCCAUGCUGAGACUGUGAAGCGCAUGGAGCGACAGCGUGAUGUCGAGAAACAGCUCGACGCCGCCGCCGGUCGCCUUAAAGGCGCCGCCGCCACUCGCUCCUUACAGGGCGAUGGCAAAAACAACAAGAUUGUUGGCCAUUUCGUCCGAGAUCUUCUCCAGGACAAUGCCAAUCUUCAACUCGGAAUCGCCGAGCUUAGAGAGCUUCUCGAGGGUUCCAACGACGAAAUUCAAGCUUUGCGAGAGCAGCUAGUGUACCAGCAGCCCGUCGAAGACGAGCAGUUUGCAAGCCCUGCCUCCACUCUCAAGGCCGAACUUGAGGGCAAGUUAGACGACCGGCCGCAUCACAUUGGCCAGGCUCUCUCUCAGGAAGUGCACAUCCACCAUCACUAUCACGCUGCGCCCACACCAAAGCCUUCCAAGAAGCUGAAAAGGCCCAGAACAGGUCUACUUCCUAUCGGAAUAUGUACCCCCCCUACUUCGAUUUCAGCACCAGGCACGCCACCUCAAGCCACAUCUGAAUGGGGCGGGCGUCUGCCUUCUUCGCCAACAGCUCCAGCUCUACUGUCUCACGCCAGCCCAGAAGAAGUGACCCCGACUACCUCGAAGCCACCACCGGUGUGGUCUGCUCUAUCGCAGCUGCAAUCAGAGACGGACUAUUCAUCUUCUGUGCCCAGCUCGCCACUGGCUAACCACAAAUCCGUGUUUGAUUCCACUCCUCCCACCGCCAUGGCGUCGCCUGUUACGAGUGUGGACCCAUUAUCUCCGCCUUGGCUAGCCUCGCAUGUCAAGCAGCAUUCGGUAGCGUCGUCGCAUAGUUUUCAGUCGCUCGCCUGCUUAGACUCGGAACCGGAUUUACCUCCAAUGCCCCGGCUGUCGAUACCCGAGGGAGAUGAGUCGAGGUCUGAUCAUGGCUAUGGCGACCCGUCAUCAGACAUGAUCUACUCAGAUGACGUUGAUACGUGCCCGAGCAGUAUUGCGUCCCCUCGACGCACUUUGCGCAGAACCGCUUCGCAUGAGUCCAUAAUGUCACUGUCAGGAGGCCUUGACAUCCACACGCUGCAAGCCCGCCCGAGCCAAAUGACUCUUCGUCCUUUGGGUGGCGCAGACGCUGUCGUCACUGGCGUGGUGGCCCAGCCCACCCUCGCACGCUCUUCCAACAAGCGUAGUGAUGUCGCUCUCCGCGAUAACUUUGCUGGGCUCAAGCCCCCACGUUUCGUCUCUCCGCCGACGACAAGUAGCCAGAGAAAGCUCCGCGGUUGGCCAGCUAGGUGGCUCUGGGGCGGCAGUGGCACUGGAGAAGCCGGCACAUCGAGUCCUGGCCCUGCUACCACCGAAGAUACCUCGGAGACACCCGUUACGCCACAAAAGAAGGAAAAGGACAGGGAUCUGGAUAGAUCGCCUGGCAUCAACCAGCCUGGAUCUAUUCCAGGAUUUCAAGAAUACUGGGCAUCCCAAAAACGAAGAGGUGCGCCAGCGCAAGUCAGUGCACAUAUCAUCGACCACGAUGCACUGCAUGAAGGCCUUGAAGGCCUAAGCUAG